CUCCAAGGAGAGACAGAAACCUCAUCCCAUUUGCCGAGAACUUCUGGCACACGCCAUGUCGUUAUUCUGCUAUAUAUAGUGCACAGGAACAUCUUCAUGUUCAGAUAGCAAGAGCAGCAAUACCAGGCUGCAGUGACGCCUGGAGGUGGAGGACCACCAUGGGCAACUCUUCAUCUCGCGGCCGAUCGAAGCCGAGGCAGGGCCAUGGAUCCAAGGUAGCACCUUCUUCUCCAGCUGGAGAGCAGACGAUCUUCAAGUGGAGCAUCGAUGGCUUCUCCUCACUCAUUGACAAGGGCGCAGGAUGGACCUACUCAAGAGUGUUCGAGGCCAUGGGCCAUAACUGGUGCCUGAAGCUGAAUCCAAGGGACAAGAAGAGCGGCGACGACAAGGAGUACGUCUCUCUUAGGCUUGAGUUGGCGAACAGCUCGGUGAAACCUGACACCGUUGUGAAUGCAUCUUUCAAGUUGCUGAUAUAUGACCAGUCCUUCGGAAAGCACAGCGAGCAUGAAGUUAGCCACAGUUUUCAGACUGCAAGCACAAGCUCCGGAAUCCCAUGGAUGAUUUCCCUCAGAAAACUGAAGAAACAGCCCUCCACGUUUCUUCGCAACAAUGGCUGCGUCUUUGGUGUCGAGUUUCUCAAAGUUACCACUUCGAAAGCCAACACGACGUCAGAGACUCUGUUUGUCCAAAAGGCGAGCAUCUUCAACGAGGCCAAAACCUACACUUGGGACAUUGAGGACUUCUUUGCACUGAAGAACCCGGGCUACUCUCCGGAGUUCGAAGUCGGUGGAUAUAAAUGGAAUAUCAUAAUGUAUCCGUCUCGCGAUGGGAACCACCUCUCCUUGUACCUGAAACUUAAAAAGACCAAUGAUCUGCCCAUGGACACUGCAAACCUUGUAGAACUUACUUUGUACGUCAAAGACCAAGAAAAUGGCAAGCACCGGAAAGGAACAGGCCGGUGCCAGUUUGCGAAGAACACUCGUACCUGGGGAUGGACUAAGUUCAUUUCGCUGGAGGAUUUCAAAGACUCGGGAAAUGGUUAUCUUGUCAAAACCAAGUGCUGCGUUGUAGCUGAGGUCGCAAUCGUCGGUUCCUCCAAGAUGGAGUAGAAUACAGUGUAUGUGUAAGCUGAAUCGCAAUGGUGAAGAGGUGUGGCUACGUGUGUCUAUGUGCUUUGUGCGUGUUAUAUUUGUUUGCUUUUUCGUGCUGACGAUACUGAAAGUGUGUAAAAUGGCAAAUAAGGGUGGCCAUCAACAUGCUGCUCAGUUUGCUUGUCAAGGUUUUUUUUUUUGAACGAACAGUUUGCUUGUAGUCAUCCAAUUGUAAUAUCCAAAUUUGUCAAUCUCACUUCAGACAGAGAACUCAAAUCACAAAAUGUUCCUGUU